GUGCUCGUUGAGCUGUUCCGCCUGGUGCUGGCAACUCAAAGGCAAGCUAGUGUUCCUGAGGCACCACUGCUACUCACACAUCGCUGUGCGAUCCACGCUAUUCUCGCCAGUCUCAUGUCAAUCCUCGUCCAGCUAGCCGGUAUUCCUGAAUUGUCUCAAUAUUCAACACAGGAUAUGUUUUUCUUUCUUUUACUUCAUUUUAUUCUUAAUCGACAGGUCAACAAUGAACGCGAACGUUCUGCGCCAUACCUCCUUCCUGCUACUGCAUUUAAUCGAUCCAACACAACAAGAAGGUGGUAA